UUAUUAUCCCCAGUUUUAAAUAAAAAUCUAUUCUCAUCUACUUUCCUCCAAACGUGCAAUUACCGCAUUUAUGCUUCUACAAAAAAAUCUCCGGUGGACCUGCCAACUACUCCAUCGAUACACCCAUCACGAUGCUUCGCCGGGCCUUCUCCACCACCCCUGUACGCUGCUUUGAGCUCUUGGACAAUUACACGCUCAAAUGUGGGCUUGAGAUACACACCCAACUCGACACAAAACACAAGCUCUUUUCGCUCUCCUCCCACACGUUCAACGCGGAACCCAACACACGCACGAGCUUCUUCGACUGCGCGCUACCGGGAGCGCAGCCACGGCUUAACCCGGAAGCGUUGCUUUUUGCACUCAAGGCGGCGACGGCGCUCAACAGUACGGUAAAUUUGGAGUCGACGUUUGACAGAAAGCACUACUUCUAUGGAGACCAGCCCCACGGGUACCAGAUCACGCAACACUACAACCCCUUGGCUAAAGGUGGGUCCAUCACAUUGCUCCCCCAUGAUGGGGUCAAAUCAGAAAAGAUCAUCCAUAUAGACCAGAUCCAGAUCGAACAGGAUACCGGAAAGUCGAGCUACGUAGAUCAUAACCAGACAUCCAAGGUGGACCUUAACCGCGCAAACGUGCCGUUGAUAGAGGUGGUCACUCAGCCGGAUUUCCGCAACGUUGACGAGGUGAGGGCUUUCAUCCGGAAAUACCAGACGUUGGUUCGCCACUUGGGUAUCUCCACAGGUGAGCUCGAAUCGGGAGCGAUGCGUGUGGAUGUAAACAUCUCAGUGAAUGACGGUUCGCGUAUCGAGAUGAAGAACUUGUCCACAACCUCGGCUGUCACCAAUGCGAUCAGAUACGAGUAUACAAGGCAGGUGCGGUUGUUACAGAGCACCAACACUGAAAGAUUGACCUCGGGGAACGAAACCAGAGGCUGGAAUGGGAGCACCACUUACCGCUUGCGGUCCAAGGAGUCCGCGAUCGACUACAGAUACAUGCCAGAUCCAGAAUUACCACCGGUGAGGCUCCAGCAAGACAUCGUGGAGCAGAUCCGGGCCGGUUUUCCGGAAUUUCCCGAUGACAUCAUCGCAAAGUUGACCGCCAAGCCCUUCGGCUUGCGCUUGAAGGACGCCCAGGUCUUGAUAAACAAUAGUGCAUAUUUGGCGUACUACAUGGCGUUUUUUGAGGGUGUUGUUGGGUGUGGAUUGCCGGGAAAGCUCGCGACCAACUGGUUUUUCCAUGACUUUUUGGGCCAUUUGCACAAGUUGGAAGAGGAGGGGGUAUCCCAUGCGCUAGAGCAGGUGGUGCCUGUGGCUCGGUUUUCCGAGUUGGUUUCUAUGGUUCAUGGUGACGAAAUCUCCAAAGCUUCUGGUAAGUUGUUGCUUGCACACAUGGUAUCCCACGUGGGUGAAACUACCUCGUUGGUGGCUUUGGUUGAGGAGUACGACUUGGGCAAGGUUUCGGAAAUAACCCCGGAAGUGGCCAAUGCGAUCGCUGAGAUCUGUGCCGAGAUAAUCGCCGAAAACCCCAAGGUUGUGGCUGACUACCAGGAAAAGAAGAAGAAGAACUCGGUAAAGUGGAUGAUUGGCCAAGCUAUGCGUUUGAGCCAGGGCAAAAUUGACUCAGGGUUGUUUGAGGAAAGCUUUAAGAGGUUGCUUGGGAAGUAAACAUACCGGAUUGAUAGGUAAAUUUGUAUAUAGUCAUCAAUCCUUGAAACGUAAUCAGAAUUGAC